AUGCUCAAGUCGGUGCAAGAAAGGAGCGUCGUCCGCCACGAGCUCGUUCAGGAGGCGAUGGGCGCGAUGAACCGGCUUGGUGAAGAGCUCGUGGAUGUGGACGCGCGCCUUGUGGCCGAGGGUUUUUGGCUAGUGGAGGAGCGGCAUAAGCUGAAGGAAGAGGCCCGGGAAGCUGACCGCCGUCGCGAGGCCACAGAGAAGGGCGCGUGGGAGCUCCAAGCCUGGAGCGCCUCCUUGGAGCAGCAAGUGGAGGCGCGUAGAGCCACCCUUGCGUCGUUGAGGGGGACGCCCGCCAAAGAGGAAGAGAUCCGGAAGCGUGAGGAGGCGUUGGUGCUGGAAGCCGUGGAGCGUAGCCUUGAGCUCGAGCGACUGGAGAUGAGGGAGCGCCAAGUUGCCCAAGCGGAAGAUGUCGUUGGUGUGCGCGAGGCCAUGGUCCAAGAGGAGGUCGAUCGCCGGGUGGCCGAGGCUCGUGCGGAUCUUGAGGGCAGGUACGACCUGAAGUUGGAGUUCAUGGAAGCUGCGGCUGCAGGUAGGACUGCUGCCCUCAAGUCUAGGUUAAUCGAGGCAGAGCGGCGCGAGGAGGCCGCCGCAGCCGCCCUGGUCUCGGCGCAGGCCAAACUGGCCUCCGCCCACGCCGAGCUGCUCCCUCUUCAGCAGCGGGUUGCUGAUGCCGAGUCCGUCGCGCGGCAGAACAGGGAGGAAGUGCUUCAGCGGCGGAUGCUGGAGCGCGACUUUGACUUUGACGCCACCAUUGCUCCGGUUUCCGAGGCCAUCCGGGGCGACCUGGCGCAGUGGGUGGAGGACAAUGUGGACGCGCUGGUCAGGGCUUUCGCUUCCGAGGAUGACGCGGUGGUGGUCGCGGCGGAUGAAGGCGACGUGGUCGACAAUGGCGAUGGCGGCGUCGUUGGAGGUGAUGGUGAUGCUAGCGAUGGUGGCAGCGAUGCCGGCGACGCGUCUGAGGGUGAUCCGGGGGAUGCGGCGAGCGACAUGGCCGACUGA